GAAUGGGUGAAUUUCCCCCCAAAUGGGAGACUAUUUUUUAUCCCCUGUUAAUCCUCUGUGUCCGCCAUUACAGGUAUGUGGAACCGGCGGCGCUUCCGGAGAGCCUAUGGACGACGCCGGCGGACACCAGUGUGGUGUGGGACGCCUACACCUGCAAGAACUACUCAUGCCUGGUGCAGAGAGGGCGGACGAAGGGCUCGAACGCCGACUGCAACGAUUGCUUCGACCUUGAAGGGCGGGAGAAAUCCCGGUGGCUGGCGGACGGCGAGGGGUUGGACUUCGGGAUGGACGCGGUGCUGGCGGCGCGGCCGGAGGGGACGGUGCGGUUAGGGCUGGACAUCGGCGGGGGGAGCGGGACAUUCGCGGCGAGGAUGAGGGAGCGGGGCGUCACCGUGGUAUCGACCACCAUGGACUUCGACGGGCCGUUCAACAGCUUCAUCGCCGCCCGUGGGCUGGUGGCGCUCCACCUCACCGUAGCGCACCGCCUGCCGUUCUACGACCGCACGCUCGACAUCGUCCACUCCAUGCACGUCCUCAGCAACUGGAUCCCCGACGCCGUCCUCGAGUUCGCGCUCUUCGACAUCUACCGGGUGCUGCGUCCCGGCGGCCUCUUUUGGCUCGACCACUUCUUCUGCUCCGGCGAUCAGCUCGACGCCACGUACGGGCCGAUGAUAGGCCGGAUCGGGUUCAGCAAGCUCCGGUGGGUGACUGGUCGGAAGCUCGACCGCGGCGUGGAGAAGAACGAGUGGUACCUCUCUGCUCUGCUGGAGAAGCCGUUGACUUUUUCAAUCUAGUACCACCGUAAUGUUUCACGGAAAAGGUCAAAUAGAAUUUAAG